AUGACUGAAUUGCCACGAAGCGAACUUAUUCAGAUUUUCCGAAUUCUGGUUGAGGAGGAUACUUCAGCCAAAUACUUUUUCCUCUUCGAUGGCCUUGACGAAUUCGAAGGGGACAAGUCCGCACUGGUAACAUUGGUACACACUCUUGGUUCACAUGCCAACGUCAAAAUAUGCGUAUCGAGCAGGCCGUGGAAUGUGUUCGAAGACGCUUUCAGACGACAGCCAAGCUUGAUGCUCGAGCGCUUGACUUUUAACGACAUUGCGCUCUAUGUGCAUGGCACUCUGACCACGCACCCGGCGUUCAGGGAGCUUUCCUAUGGAAAUCCAGAAUAUGCAGCCGAAUUAGUACGAAGCAUUACCACUAAAGCUUCUGGGGUAUUUCUUUGGGUAGUCCUGACAGUUCGGUCCCUGCUCGAAGGCCUUGCUGAUGGCGACCCCGCCGCUGAUCUUCAGGCACGGCUGCGUGAGAUUCCAGAUGAACUAGAAGAGCUGUUCGGAAAGAUCCUACAUGGGCUGAAAGGUCGAUACUUCAACGACGCCGCACGCCUCUUCAAAAUAUACCAAGCGGCGGGCGAAAUACCUCUCACAGUCUUGACUCUAUCAUUUGCGGAUGAAGCAGAAGUCGAGUCGGUUCUCUCGCAAUCUAUCAGGCCACUGACUGCCAAAGAACGAUUUCUCAGAGCGACAUCUAUGAAACGACGGCUAAACAGUCGAUGCAAAGGACUCCUUGAGAUCCAAUACCCCCAAAACGAGCAGCAUAGUGCCGCUGGUCUUUUGGACCAAAGAGACAUCGACCAUCUCCUUUCAACUUCGGCACUAGGGCCUAAAAGCACAUCGGACCUCGAAAAUUACGCCCAGGCCCUUGGUGAUCUUACCAUUCAAUAUCUCCACCGAACCGUCAAGGACUAUCUCGAAUCCUCGGACGUUUCACGCAUCAUUCAAAGCGCAUGCUCCAACGCGACGUUGACGCCACAAGUGUCACUUUGCCUGGGACAGAUCCUGCGGCUAAAGACCUUCGAGGCUUGUGAUAAUUCAAGAUCUCUGUAUCUUGAUCGUCAUUGGGAUUAA